AUGCCUACUCCUCAGAGUUGGAAAAAAGCCUAUGGCGCUCUCAAAGACACCACCAAAGUCGGUCUCGCUCAUGUCAGCAGCGACUAUGCGGACUUGGAAGUUGCCGUAGUCAAAGCCACCAACCACGUCGAGUGUCCUCCCAAAGAGAGACACCUUCGAAAAAUUUUGCUCGCAACUUCUGCUGUACGGCCUAGAGCAGACGUUGCGUACUGCAUUCAUACGCUUUCGCGUCGGUUGGCCAAGACGCGAAACUGGACGGUGGCAUUGAAAACAUUAAUUGUCAUUCAUAGGUUAUUGAGAGAGGGUGAUCCUACUCUUAGAGAAGAAUUUCUUAAUUUCUCAAGGAGGGGCCGCAUACUCCAACUUUCUAACUUCAGAGAUGAUUCUAGCCCAAUUGCUUGGGAUUGCUCUGCCUGGGUUCGUACUUAUGCAUUAUAUUUGGAAGAAAGACUUGAAUGUUUCUGGAUUCUGAAGUAUGAUAUUGAAGCUGAGCGUCUAACUAAGCCUGUUGCUGGGCAAGAGAAGGGGCACAGCAGGACAAGGGACUUGAAUAGUGAGGAACUAUUGGAGCAAUUGCCUGCUUUACAACAGCUGCUCUAUUGCCUUGUUGGUUGUCGUCCAGAAGGAGCAGCUGUUAGCAGCUAUGUCAUACAAUUUGCCCUGGCCCUGGUUCUAAAAGAAAGCUUUAAAAUUUAUUGUGCCAUUAAUGACGGCAUUAUCAAUCUUGUUGAUAAGUUUUUUGAGAUGCCCAAACAUGAAGCUAUCAAAGCCUUUGAUGUUUAUAAACGUGCAGGCCAGCAGGCAGAAAGUCUCUCUGAUUUCUAUGAAAUAUGCAAAAGAUUGGAAAUUGCUAGGAAUUUUCAAUUUCCUGUUUUAAGAGAGCCUCCACAAUCAUUUCUUGUGACCAUGGAAGACUACAUAAAGGACGCACCGCGAGUGAUUACGGUUUCAAUUGAGCCAUUAUUACUGUUGACUUACAGACCAAAUGAUGUUCCCACAAUAGAAUACGAUAAAUUAUCUGAAGAACAGGAGCCAUCUGUGCCUGUUGUUGAUGUUGCCUCAAAUUAUGAGCUUGCUCCUCCUCCUCCACCUCACAACGAUUUUGAAACUGGAGACUUACUGGGGUUGAAUGACAGUACACCAGAUGCAUCCUUGAUAGAAGAAAGAAGCGAUCUUGCCCUAGCCAUAGUCCCUACUGAAACUGAUUCACGUGCUGCUCCAGCUACAGAUUUUGAUCCAACUGGAUGGGAGCUUGCUCUAGUCUCCACUCCAUGUACAGCUAUUGCUUCAGUCAAUGAAAGAGAAUUGGAUGGUAGAUUGUCUUCUCUCAACCUUAACAGUUUGUAUGAUCAAGGAGCAUAUAGGUCUGCAAAACAAACUGUUUUUGCAGUUCCAGCCCCAAAUCCAUUUGAAGUGCAAGAUCCUUUUGUUUUGUCAAGUGGCAACCCUCCCCCACCCACUGUACAAAUUGGAGCAAUUUCUCAACAGCAUAUAAAUCCUUUCGCUCAUCACCAACCAUAUCAGCCACUGCAGAUGCGCCCAGCAAAUCCCUUUGAGGAUGCCGGAUACGGGGCCUUUCCUGUGUAUCCCGUUUCUCACCCUCUUAGUAACAAUCCAUUUGGAAGCACUGGCACGAUAUAG